UGUAGGAGUCAUUGAAUUUGAAAAAUCUACAAACAUUAUUUGCAUAUAUUUAGCAUUUGCUUAUUUUAGCAAUGUUGAUAAGGGCAUCUAUUCCAGGUUACAGGAAAAUCAAAGAUGAUACAGAUGAGUCAUACACGGUAUUUUGUAUUGAGAUCUGGGUGUCUGGAAGACGGCAAUGCUUGGAGAAAAGAUACACUGAAUUUGAAGACUUACACAAACAAGUAAAGAAGUUGAUGAGAACUCCUGAGUUUCCACCCAAGAAGGUGAUGAAAUGGAGCCACAAGGUUUUAGAACACAGACGUCAGGCUCUGCAGAUCUACCUACAGGGAAUAUUGGAUACUGAAGUUCAUCCUAAAUCCUUGUUAAAAUUUCUCAAUGUCAACAUUGAAACUGGAAGUUUUGACUCUCUGGACAAGUUAGGUCCGGACAGUAAAGCAACUCACCAGCCAGUUAUUGCAUUCCCUUCAGAUGCUUUUCUGCAGGACAACACUAAUGGUACCCUACCAGACAUAGUUGCUGAAGGUGUAAUAAUGGGACUGUAUGCUCCAGUUGAUGAGAUAUUACCCAGAUAGCAACACUCACAGUGUUUUCCACAACUCGUGUUCUCUAGCCUUGUCAAGUGGAGGAACAGACCUGUCGGCUUUGCUUGUGUAGUAACAGGGCUUGUGUAAAUAUUCACAUAACACUUUCUUGUACAGAUAUAUAUAAUUGUAUUAAUAUCAUCUGGACCCUGUGUGGUGCAGAGAUACGACUUUGUAUUUAUAAUUCUCACCUGGGCCUUGUUCCAGGAAGCAAAUUUUGGCAUUAAGAUCAUCUUAAGUACAUAAUAUAGUUAUUUACCUAGUCUUGUACAGAUAUAAGAUUGUAUUAAUAUCCUGUGGAUCCCAUCUGGUACAGAGAUAUGACUUUGUAUUUAUAAUUCUAACCUGGACUUUAGCCGUGUACAGAUAUAAGAUUGUAUUAAUAUCCUGUGGACCAUGUGUGGUGCAGAGAUAUGACUUUGUAUUUAUAAUUCUCACCUAGACUCUAGUCUUGUACAGAUAUAAGAUUGUAUUAAUAUACUGUGGACCAUGUGUGGUGCAGAGAUAUGACUUUGUAAUUAUAAUUCUCACCUGGACUCUUACCUUGUACAGAUAUAAGAUUGUACUAAUAUCUUGUGGACCAUGUGUGGUGCAGAGAUACGACUUUGUAUUUAUAAUUCUCACCUGGACUCUAGUCUUGUACAAAUAUAAGAUUGUAAGAUUAAUUUAAAAUGGAAAAAAGAAUUAAAUUUCAAAUAUGAUGAUGAUGAUUGGAAAACGGUAAAUACAAUACCUUUUCACUGCACAGAUAGUACAGAAUUAAGAUGGUUUCAAUACAAGAUUAUUCAUAGGAUAUUGCCUACAAAUAAGUUUUUACAUAACAUAGGAUAUAUUGAUUCACCUCUUUGCUCCUACUGUAAACAUGAAAUAUCAACACUAAUACACCUAUUUUGGGAAUGUAAUGACAUUAGGCAUAUUUGGGAACAAUUAAAGCUUUGGAUGCAACAAAAAACUGGUGUAAUAAUGAACUUUACAAAAGAAAAUAUAAUUUUGGGAUUUAAGACGAGCAACAAUGAUCCUAUUAAUGCUAUUAUAUUAAUAACUAAACAGUUAAUAUUUAAAAGUCAUUUAAAGUGUCUCAUCCCAGAUUUUACAUGGAUACAAAAGGAGCCGAGUCUAUAUUAUAAUAUAACAAAAAGUGUGGCAUUCUCUUGUUGCAAUUAUGAUAAGUUUGUAAAAUUCUGGUCUAUAUGUCACAAUUUAUUCAAGGAUUAAUUAUAUAUAUGCAGUCAAACGUUGUUAUCUCGAUGUUGAAGGGAACGAACAAAAUGGUCCAAGAUUUGAGGUAACUGUGGACUGAGAUGAAACUAGCCUGGGAUAAUGACAUAUAUAUAUAUAUAUAUAUACAUUUUACAUUCAUAUAUUUAUUUAUAAACAUUGGAUCUGUUAUGUAAAGUUAUUGUAUUAACUGUAUGAUUAUGAAUUUAAAAAAGAAAAAAAAAAAAAAAAAGAUUGUAUUAAUAUCCUGUGGACCUGGUCUGGUGCAAAGAUAUGACUAUGGAACCACUAACAGUUUAUCUUUAAAACUACCGGCACAUAUUAAUGCCUAAUUGACAUACUAGUAAUUAACUUAUUUUAUGCAAAUUAGCAGAUGGUUACCUUCCCAGUUGGUAGUGUGCUUACCUGAGGCGAAUGCAGCGUAAGAACGAACCACCUCAGUGGACCCAUUCUCUGAUUGCAUUCCCCCCCCCCCUCCCCCGUCCAAACCAGUGAACCACGACUGUUAUAUCAAAGAUCGUGGUAU